UCUUGAGCCUUUUCUUGUUUGUUCAUCAUCUGCAAAAUCAUUUCGUAUUGUUUAGAACAAAAGCAGAUAUGUCGACGAACCAGACCACCAUUGUCUUGCUUCCGGGGGACGGAAUAGGACCCGAAAUUGUUGCGGAAGCGCGAAGGGUCUUGGAGAUUGUUGCUGAACUUCGCGGGAAGGCGACCGGUUUGUCAUUCCAGUUCAAAGAGGAACUCAUUGGAGGAAGCGCCAUUGAUGCAACAGGCUCACCCCUGCCAGAUCAGACGCUGGCUUCCUGUAAGGCCGCUUCUGCGGUUCUUUUGGGUGCUGUAGGAGGUCCUCAAUGGCCGCGCCCCGCCACUGCAGAAAAUCCCAACCCACCGCGGCCCGAAGCCGGUCUGUUAAAGUUGCGAAAAGAGCUUGACCUUUACGCAAACAUUCGACCUUGCAUCUUCCCUGGAAAAUCGCUGCUCAAGCAUUCGCCUUUAAAAGAGGAAGUGGUCCAAGGCUGCAACUUUACCGUUGUCAGAGAGUUGACCGGUGGAAUCUAUUUCGGACGAAGACAAGAGGAGACUGACGGUGUUGCAUGGGACACGAUGGAAUACUCUGUGGCGGAAAUUCAGCGUAUCACCCGCAUUGCAGCUUCUCUUUCCCUCCUCCAUGAUCCGCCACUCCCUAUUACCUCCAUUGACAAAGCAAAUGUCCUGGCCACCUCCCGUCUAUGGCGUAAGGUGGUGACGGAAACUUUGUCCAAGGAAUACCCAACCAUUCCCCUUUCUCACAACCUUGUGGACUCUGCGGCGAUGCUUCUCGUGAAAGACCCACGAAAGUUGAAUGGUGUUGUCUUGACAGAAAAUAUGUUUGGUGACAUUUUGUCAGAUGAAGCUAGUGUCAUUCCUGGAAGUUUGGGCUUGUUGCCAAGUGCGUCCUUGAGUGGUUGGGGUAACAAGAGCGUAGGUCUCUACGAGCCGAUCCACGGAAGUGCCCCAGAUAUUGCCGGACUUGGUAUUGCGAAUCCCAUUGGCACGAUCCUCUCGGCUGCUCUCCUCCUGCAAUAUUCUCUAGGUUUGGACAGGGAAGCACAAGCGAUCGAAGCUGCAGUUGCCAGAGUGCUGGACGAGAGUGGAUUGCGGACGAAAGACCUUGGCGGGAAUGUAGGCACACGGGAAAUGGGAGAUGCAGUUGCUGCAGCAUUAAGGGAAGAAUUAGAGAAGCUUAACCGCGCGUAAAGGAUCCCUACAAGUGUAAAACCAUUCCCCGAUAUUAAGCUAUCACUGUCUCUUUACUUCACGGCGUAAGCAAAAUAUACACUAUUAUUCACAUGCAAGUUGAAUCUACCAUACAUUUCUCUCCUGAUGUACCCCUAGAAACAGUAGAG